CUGUUGUCUGUGAUACAUGUUAUAAUUAUCAGAAUAGGAAAACAAAAUUUAAUAAGGAUUCGAAAUCCACCAAUCAAACCCCCAAAAUGUGACCUUUUGAACCGAUUAAAUGAAUGACAUCGAAGGGUUUUGAGUGAUUCAGGCACUUUGACUGUACACAUACGCUACAUUGCCAAGUGAUUCUCACGUUCUUAUCAGUGUCCCUAGUAUCUGUCGAUAACUUCACUUUGUACGAGCCGUCGAAUUGAUUUAGUUGAUUUGUCCUUCAAGGAGUUUAUUACGUAGUGCUGGAGCUGUAUCAUUUUAUUUAUGGGUUAUUAUUUUGCCUCAACAACACUUCAGAUUGCUGGCAACUGGAAGGCCAAACAAAAUGGCCAUCUGUAUGAACUGCUCCAGUCAGACUAACUACAUUUGCCUAGGCUGCAACAAGGCUGUCUGCAACAAAUCUUCAAAUUGCUCUGUCUCGGCUGAUGAGGAAACACCAAGUUGGAAGAUGGGAGUCUCUGUUCCCCACUGUUUGGAAUGCUUCCAAAAGAAUCAAGGGUUAGACAGGGAUGACCAGGGUUUAAGUCCAACACCUAAAAGUAAACCAAAAGUAAUCAAGCCCCGUUCAGGGUCACAGCGCAAGGCAGAAUCAUUGACAAAAGCAAAUGGAAGCAGAAAGUGCCUAACAUUGAAAGAGAAGAUCAAGGUCAUUCAGCUGUCCAGCAAAGGAGGGAUUAGUACCAGAAAGUUAGCAAGUAGAUUUAGAUGCGGCAAGACACAGAUUACGAAAGUUCUGAAAAACCAUGCAAAAAUCAUGUUCGGCUGGAACUCUAACAAGAAAUCCGCUUUGCAGAAGAGAUCAAAUAAUGAGAAGUUCAGCAAAGUAAAUAAGCUGCUAUGGUAGUGGUAGGUAAGAGCCCGCAAGUCCAACAUUCCUGUCAGUGGACCCCUCUUGAUGGAAGAGGCGAAGCUAAUCGCAGAAAGCAUUGGAGAAAAGAGCCUCCAAGGUACAAAUGGUUGGUUGCAAAA